AUGCGGGAUUCAUUUGUAUUAAUUAUCUCUCUGUUGGUAAUCACUGUGGGAUGUGCGAAUCUAGACAAGGAUGGCUUCAAUUUAUAUAAAGAUCAUUUACGAGCGCGUUCUGAUGAACCUCUGGAGUUUGACCCAGAAAUUGGAAACCGAAUGCUCUAUUUUUAUAGAGCACCCCUACGUUUUUAUAAACACUAUCUGCCUGUAUUACCUCAAGAAUAUAGGAAACGCACGGCUAAUAUAUUUAAAAAUCACAUGUUGAAUAAGGAGAAUAUGCUUACAGCCGAGAAGCGAACAUCCAAAGCUGCUUUGUCACUCAUGUUGCAGAGCAAGCAAGAUAUCGAUCCUGAGAGCAUUACUGCCUCUACGGCAAUUAAUGAUACAAAUAUAAUAGGAAGCGACCUUCAGAAAAUAAUGAAAUUAAUCGUUUGUAUUGCUCAGAAUUCA